GCAUGCGCUAGGUUGUACCUAUAUUCAGAGCCGCCGACACUACGCCAGCAGUCUGGUGGUAUAUGUGUGAUAGUGAGUGUGUUUUUGUAUUGUGUUGCUGAAGUGUAGUGACAGGUGAUUAUCGAAACACACGUAACUUCAUAAUACGAAAGCCUUCACUUAUAAAUAGAACACAAGACAGUGUCACUGGAAUAUUUGAACACGCAGAUUCAUAAGAUGACUCUAGAAGACCUACCAGAAACAAACAUGAGCAGGAAAGUAGUAUGUAAGGCGGUAUUGACCGUCUUGAGGAAAGCCCAAGCCGAAAAGCGUCUCACGUGUGGACUUCUCCCAGCCAUAAAGUUGUUGGAGAUGGACCCUGAGAGCGCCCUCUUCUGCAUCAUGCCACAGAGCAGCCAGGGCAAUGCGGCCCUUCACAUACAGACUGUCUUGCUGCAGGCGUUCUGUUACGAGAAUGAUAUUCGCAUCAUUCAGGUGGACAGUGCAGAAAAGCUAGGAGACAUAGUGACAGGAAAGCAUGAUGGUCCUCGGUUCGACAGCAGUUGCGUCAUAGUGCAUCAGCCAUGGGCCACAGACCAGUGUGUGCUCUCAAAAUCAGAACAGCAGUUGGUGAGGUUUUGCCACAAGACUCUUGAUGAAUUUCCACAGCCAGUGAUAAAGUUGCCAGUGCCGUGAACCUGAACCAGAAUUUAUCCUGGAAAUAAGAUUCUCUAUGCCAUGGAAGGCAUUUUAUCUUCUCAGAGGGUGUUCUGCCCAUAAUCAGGAAGGCAUAGUCGAUGCCACAUUUACCUGAUGUUUGAGGGCAACGCCCACAUGCAUGAGAUGCGAUAUCGUGCAGACCCAGUGUUGUGCUUCGGUUGGUGAUCAGCCAGUGCUGCUUGAGUCCGUUUUUGCAAUCCAGUUCAGAGAUUGACUGUGCAGUAUUUCUGUGGUUAUUUUUCACUGCUGGUGAAGAUAGUUUCCAAUAAAUCUUAGAGUUUGUAUUUAUCAAGUGGUUAUCAGAUAUAAUAGGGUUUUUGAAGAAACAUUGUAACAACUGAUGCUAAAAGAAGAGAGGGAGAAAGAAAGCUAAAAGAAGAGAGGAAAAAAUUUUUUAAGUAUAUUGUACUACACAUGUA